AUGGUGAAGGCACCUUCUUGUGAAAAAUUUGGGCUAAAAAAAGGAAAAUGGACAUAUGAAGAAGAUGAACUAUUAGUGAAGUAUAUUCAAGUUAAUGGAGAAGGUUCAUGGAGGUCUCUUCCCAAAAAUGCUGGUUUAUCAAGAUGUGGAAAGAGUUGCAGAUUAAGAUGGACAAAUUAUUUGAGACCAAAUUUGAAGAGAGGCAAAUUUACUGCAGAAGAAGAUGAAAUCAUUGUCAAAUUGCAUAGCACCUUGGGAAAUAGGUGGUCUUCGAUAGCCCAACUUUUGUCUGGACGAACAGAUAAUGAUAUAAAGAACUAUUGGAAUUCCAACUUACGUAGGAGAAUUUACACCUUUAGAAACCUCAAAAAGCUUAUUAAAACCACUGCAAAUGUACCGAAAAUUGUGGUUGAUGGCAGUUGUGGCGAAUCCUCGAUAAAACAAGGCACAACUAUAGGGUCAGAUGGGGGUUCAAUUGAAUCUUUUUUACCCGAAAAGAAUAUAGUUGAUGAUAUAGGUUCCCCUCGAAAAAACAACUCCUCGUUAUGUCAUGAUAGCCGGGGAGAUAAUACGUUGUCUGAAGGGAGAUCAAUUGAAUCUCUUUUGCCGGAAGAUAAUAUUGUUGUUGAUAGAGGUUCCACUGGGAAAAAUGACUCAUCAUGUCUUGGAAGCAAAGACGAAGCUAUGUGGUCCGAAGGGAAUUCAAUUGAAUCUCUUUUACCGAAAAAUUAUAAUGUUGAUAUAGGUUCCCUUCGAAAAUCCAACUCCUUAUGUCCUAGAGACAAGGACGACGCUACGUGGUCGGGAGUGGGUUUAAUUGAAUCCCUUUUGUCGGAAGAUAUAGAAACCAACUUCUCAUGUUCUAGAGGCAUGAGCAAUGCUACGUGGUUUGAAAAGAAUUCAAUUGAAUCCCUUUUGGUGGAAAAUUAUGUCGUUGACAUAGGUUCUAAUCAAGAAACCAACUCCUCAUGUCUUGAAGGCAAGGACGAUGCUACGUGGUCUGAGGAAGGGGUUUCAUUUGAAUCUCUUUUGCUAGAAAAUAUAGAAACCAACUCCGCAUGUCAUAAAUGGUCUGAAGAGAGUUCAAUUGAAUCUUUUUUGUUAGAAAGUUAUAUCGUUGAUAUAGUAUGUAACCGAGAAACCAACUCCUCAUAUCUUGAAGACCCCGCUAUGUGGUCUGAAGAAGGGAGUUCAAUUGAAUACCCGUUAACGGAAAAUUAUUCUGUUGAUCAAGGUUCUAAUCGAGAAACCAACUUCUCAUGUCUAAGAGGCAAGGAUGGAGCUAUGUCGUCCGAAGAAGGGAGUUCAAUUGAAUCCUUGUUGACGAAAAAAUAUAUUGAUGAUCUAGAAUUUCUGACUCUAUCACCGCCGGACGAAAUCAAAGGACUAGCCAUGCAGCAACAUGAACAUCAUGCAAAAUCAAUGAUACAUGAGCCAAGAAGUGAAGAAGAAGAAGUAGAAGACAAGAACAACAAAGACAUUCAUGUUGUACCCAAAUAA